GGGGUCCUAUUUACCUGCAGCACACGGUCCGUGCUACACAUGUGGGGAAAAAAUGGCUAGUGGAGAUGUGUGGAGCGUGUUAGAGGAUUGUGUAAAGAAAAUAGAUGUCGGCACAGCACAUCCAGAGAACUUCCUGAGCCUUCAAGAUGAAGUAGCAGCAGACUUCAUUUCUCUCACCAAGACCCUGUAUGACCUCCACAAGGCUCACGAGCCUGCGGAGUAUGAAGGCAGCCCAUUGGAUCAGCUAGUGGUGGAAAACUUUGAUGAAGAGCAGAUCUGGCAGGAGUUGGAGUUACAGAAUGGUCCACUACUGAAACAUUUAAAAAAUGUUGUUGAUGAUGUUGUGUCAGAUGAGACACUAACAGUGCUGAAAGAGGAUGAGGAGGAAGAAGUAGAAGAUGGAGAGGAUGAAAGAGAGACUGAUGAUGAAAAUUGUGAAGAGGAAGAAGAGGAACUACCAAGGCAGUCAAGGAAAAUGGCUGAUGAUGGUGCAGAGAAUUUCACAGACGAGGAUUCUGAUUUAGAUUUUGAUGUAGAUGCCCUGGAGAAACGAGAGAAACAGAAGAAAAUGAUUAGCAAAAAAGGCUCAAAAAUUAAGGCUGUUCCCUCUGAGGUUGAUGAUAAGUUCUUUAAGUUAUCAGAAAUGGAGUCAUUUCUUGAUGAUAUGGACAAACGAGAAGGAAAGGGAAAGGACAGUGAAGAUGAUCUAGACUAUUUUCAGGACGUACCCUCUGAUGACGAUGAUGAUCUGGACCUAGAUCAAAUAAUUUCCAACAAAAAGCAAAAGAAGAGCACUGUUAAAAGCUCCAGGAAUCUCAAGUACAAGGAUUACUUUGAUGCGGUGGAUAGUGAACCAGCAAAAGCAGAUGACCAGUCAGAUGGUGAGGAUGACAGCAUGGAUGAGAGCCACAAAGACGGCGAAGAACAAAUUGAUGACGAUGAUGAUGAUUAUGCAAGUGAAGAAGGUGACGAUGAGAAUGAAGAGCAGAUAGAGUCCAAGGAAUCUCAUAAAAAAGUGACCUUUGACCUCUCUGGAGACGAGGACAGUGAGGGAGAGGACAUGGAGGAAAUUUUUGGAGGAAAAACUCCAAGUGCAGUAAAGUCUGAAUCAAAGUCAUCAUUUGAAAAACGGCAAGAAAAGAUGUCAGAGAAGAUUGAUCAGUUGGAGAAAGCGGCUCUAGAAGAGAAGCCCUGGCAGCUGUUGGGAGAAGUGACGGCACAGACUCGGCCUGAGAACAGCAUGCUCGAAGAAGAUGUGGAGUUCGAUCAGGCUUCCAGGAUGGCUCCUGCCAUCACAGAGGAAACCACACUACAGCUAGAGGACAUUAUCAAACAGAGAAUUAAAGACCAGGCUUUUGAUGACGUGGUCCGCAAGGAGAAGCCCAAAGAGGAGGUGUUCGAGUAUAAGAAAAGGCUAACGUUGGACCAUGAGAAGAGCAAGCAGAGUCUGGCAGAAAUUUAUGAGCAAGAAUACAUUAAGCAGACUCAGCAAAAGACAGAAGAAGAGGAGAACCCUGCUCAUGUAGAAAUACAAAAGUUAAUGGACACUCUUUUCCUAAAGCUGGACGCUCUCUCCAACUUCCACUUCACACCCAAACCACCCGUCCCAGAGGUUAAAGUUGUGUCUAAUUUACCAUCCAUUGCGAUGGAGGAGGUGGCUCCAGUCAGCGCUAGUGAUGCAACUCUGCUUGCACCAGAAGAAGUCAAGGGGAAGAACAGAGCAGGCGAUAUGGUGGGCGAUUCAGAGAAGACAUCUACAGACAAGAAACGUGACAGACGCCACAAGAAGAAGGUGAAGCGUCUGAAGAUUAAGGAGAAAGAAACCAGACAGAGACUUAAAGAGGCAAACAAAACGGGAGAGAACAAGAAACUAUCCAAGGCUGAAGUCACAGAAAAUCUGAAAAAACUGACAAAAGGAGGAAAAGCUACGAUACUGAAGGAUGAAGGGAAGGACAAGGCUCUGCGGUCCUCUCAGGCCUUCUUCUCUCAGCUGCAGGACCAGGUUAAAAGUCAAAUCAAAAGUGCAAAGGACCAGUCGUCAAAGAAGAAGAAAAAAACAGCGGUGUCCGUCAGCAAACUCAAAUUAUAAGAGACAUUUUGUUAUGGGGGGGGUUUCUGUUGUACAGAUUCUUUUUAUGAUAAAGUUAUGUUCUAUAAGAUCUGAAAAAUCUUUGUAAAAUGUUUUUCUUGUUAUUAAAAAAAAGAAAAACCCUGA